AUGAGAGAGUCGAAGAAGUCGAACAGUAGGCAGUCGACUCAGAACCUGGAGUCGGCCGCAGCAACUGAGACACAGCUUUGCUCAGGGAAACCGCAAACAGUGGUCGGCUGCUACCGAGGCGUCGAGCAGCCGCUGCCGCAGCAGCAGAUGGGUCAAGAUCAUUUUGACCCCUCAUGGGCGAGAUGGCGCUCCCUAGUUGCUGCACUCCAUGUCCUUCACCGCGACUCUUGCAAGUCGAUGGUUUGUCUUUCAAGUGAAUCUGGAGGCCAUGUGGGGGCCUUGACCUCUGUAUCCAGGGGCUCGUUGAGAUCCCGAGAGAUAUGCGCGAAGGAAGAACUGCAGCGAGCGGAGCGCCUUGGCUCGGCUUGGUUACAACGUUACCGCCACAUUGAAGGCUCUAGCCUUCUGCCGUCCGUGGAUCCUCUAAACGAGUUGUUGCUUGGCCUCGACUUUUUUGCCGACCUCCGCGAAGAAGGGGUCCGCCCUCUCUCGGGGAGUUCCUCGGCAGAAGAUCCCAUACUUUCGUCUACCACUUCUAACGACCGUAACGAGGAGAUACAGGUGGAUGGCAAGGACACUGAAGACGAGACGGAAGGGAGGGAGCUAGGGGAGGCCAAGGAAACAUCAGAAGUUGACCCGACGCCCCUGGCACAUACACAAGCAGCACAGCACCAAGAACGAGAAUACUUACGGGCAAUUCCAACAGUAAUACCCAACGAAAAUGUGUACAUUGGCUUCUUUCUACCUUUGUUUCUUCAAGAGGCCAAACAGGCCCUCGCAAGAGCUAUCAAACUCGACUUGGGACCGCCCGAGGAGGUGGUGCAGCAAAGCGGUGAGCCUCGGGGAGCCUUUCUGUCUUUGCUCCUAAGCCGCUCUGGAGGCACGGCUGCUGUUUCUUCUUCGGCGUGCCGUUAUUGCCAUGGAGAUCUGGUGCUCAUGUACAUUCCAGCAAGCCGAGCAGCUGAUGAGGCUGAGGCGCUUAUGGCGCCGCAGAAGGGAAGUGAGAGGGAGGCACAGGUGGACUCUGGAAAGAAGAAAGAUACUACCACCAACAUGCCCCCUAGCUUGGAGCCGCCGGCUGACGAGGCAGAGGUUCGGCUGUCGACACGAGCGCUAAGGCCCCAAGAUACCGAUUGUCAUGUGCUCGCAGUUGUGUCUCAGGGACAGCACGAAUCCAUCAGUGUGAAGGUGCUGACCCCUCUAGGCUCCGCAUACAAUGGGAAAGGGGGCCCGGGAGUGGAGGAGGGUCCAGACUCCUCAGCGGUGUAUAAUCCGGCAACAGGAAGGCCUUACGGCUUCCUAUUGCCUCGAGACCGGUGUCGUUUACUCAAGCUCGUGAAGGCUCUCAAUGCCCAGUUCACUAAGUGGACUGUUCAGCGAAUCAUGUCCCUCACAACGCUAUACAGAGAAUUCCAGGGCCUGAUGUCACUGCCGGAUUUGCAACUGAAGGACAGUCUUUUUCGCUCGCCAACGACAGGCUCAACCUCACGACUGCAGCUGAACAAAGCAAAGCUGGCAGGGCCUCUGAACAAUCCCUUGUUGGAAGACAACGAGGGUGCCCAUCGGAAUGCUGAAGAGGGGGCAGCCACAGUUUCUCCGCCCGCAGGUACUCAUGCAAGCGAUGAGAGCUCUUCACCAUCCGAAGGGCAGCGUGCACAGACACCACUUGCCGCCACGACAGACGGCGCCUCAUUAGGGCCCUCUGAAAUCCAGACGGAGGAAACGUCCCAACCAGGAGAACGACGACUCGUCAUCCCGGAGGCCCUGAGGACCCGUUUAGAGAGUCUGUAUAACGCCAGCCAGCUCGCCGCCCUUGAGGAUUCGCUCAAGGUGGAGGGUGUCACACUCAUUCAAGGCCCACCUGGCACAGGAAAGACUUCCACCAUUGUUGGCGUCGUCUCCGUUAUCCUCCAUGCACAGCUCGAGGGCCAGAACGAAUCCUACUCGCACUCACCUACUGAGCAACGCCCAACAGAGGAAGCAGGCGACAAAUCGGGAGCAGCGGUUCAAGUUGAAGCAGGUUCGCGGUCUAAGUGGCGUCCUUGGCUGGAGCCGGACUACGUUGCCUGGAUGGACGCAGACGAGUUCACGCUAGAGGAUCUGGACUGUAAGAUGAUGCUACAGCCAGCGGCUGUUCCGACUGAUCCGCCUAUCUGCCUAACGAGAGAGCGUCAUGAGCUCCAGCCAGUUCGUAUUCUGGUCUGUGCGCCGUCAAAUGCGGCCAUUGAUGAGAUCGUCAAGCGCCUGACGGCAGAUCCCGAGACAGGAGGCGGAAUAUUUGACGGCAGCGGUCAAAGAUUCUCUCCAGCUGUCGUGCGCGUAGGGCCUAAUGUACAUCCUGACCUGCUGCAGCACAGCCUGCAGUACAAAGCCCUACAGAGGCUCAGAUCCCGAGGUUCUACCAACUUCGCCGCGUUAGCAGCAGCCAAGGCGGAUGUGCUACGGGAUAGUGUAAUUGUCUGUGCCACAAUUUCUGUCUGCGGUUCCAACGACUUGACAUCUCUUGCCGACUGUUUUGACACUGUCGUUGUAGACGAAGCUUCCCAGGCCGUUGAAUUGGCAACUCUCAUUCCACUUCGGUUGGGCUGCAGAAGGCUCAUUCUCGUGGGCGACCCAAAACAACUCCCCGCGACCAUCUUUUCACGUCAUGCAAUCCAGUUGCGGUAUGAUCGCUCGCUGUUUCAACGCCUUGAGGGGGCAGGCCAGCCAACGAACAUGUUGAGUCAACAGUACCGCAUGCAUCCAGCUAUCUCCCGCUUUGCGUCCGUCGCUUUCUAUGAAGGGCUCUUGCGGGAUGCUCCCCAUUUACCCAGUGGCUUAUGGACCCCCUUUCCUUCUUGGCACCGGCUGCCCAUCCUUCAACCAAUCGUCUUUUUCAAUCUCGACAGCGAUCACACUGAAGAACACACGUCCCUUGUGAACUACGCAGAAGCCGACUUCGUUCGCCAACUUAUUGACUUCCUCCGCCGACUGUUUGUAGCAUCCGGCAAUACCAGAUGGGAGCACCGCAUUGCGGUAAUCAGCCCAUACGCGCAACAAGUCAUUCUGCUGAGGCGUACUAUUAAGGCGAUGCUCGGGGUUUCUGAAGGGAAGUCGUGUCCAAUAGACGUCAAUACAGUAGAUGGUUUCCAGGGUCAAGAAAAGGAUUUUAUAAUUUUUUCGGCCGUUCGAGGCAUUCGCAGUGACAAGCAAGAAGCGAAAAAUGGAACUGUUGGCUUUUUGGGUGACAUGCGGCGCCUCAAUGUGGCUGUAACAAGAGGCCGUGUUAACCUUUGGUUGGUUGGAAAUGGCUGCUUCCUUAGGAGAGAUAAGACGUGGGCUAGGCUAUACGCUUAUGCAAAAAAUCGUCAAGCUCUUAUUUCCAUCAGCCGCCGCAGUACACAGCACUCCGCCAUCCUCACAAAGUGGAUUCUCAAGUACUGCAAGACGCAUCACCGCGAGAGAAAGUUACUGGAAGAGCAUGCACCCAGCUUCUUGACAGAUCUUUCGGAAAAUCUGAAGGCUAUGAGGGAACGAAGACAGAGAAAAGGGGGCAGGGAAGAUGAUGAGCAGGUUGACGAGCUGCAGACGGAAGGCCCGAUUAGCUGGGAACAGCCAGUAGAAGAACCCGGGGGUGAGGAAGAAGGUGAAGCAACUGGGGAGAUGACAACUUUCCACGACAUUGCGGAUGAAGGGUGCCUCGACGAAGUCGCAGUUCAUAUGCGAGAUGAAGCACUGAAAACCGCUAUGGAGGCCGAGGCGGCUGCGUCUCCUCCGCAAACAAGUUCAACCUCUCAGCCGGCAACAAGCACGCAGCCUGGGCUAAAGGGAGAGCCAUCCGCUGGUUAA